UCCAGCAGAUUCAUUGGCUCCAUGGAAUCAAAAAACCAAACACUUGUUUCAGAAUUUAUCCUCCUGGGACUCUCAGAAGAGAUAUUACUUCAGCCUCUUCUCUUUGGGCUAUUUUUGUCCAUGUAUCUGGUUACAUUCAUUGGGAAUCUUUUUAUUAUCUUAGCCUAUAUCACUGACUCCCACCUCCACACACCCAUGUACUUCUUCCUCUCCAAUCUCUCUUUUGCAGACAUCUGUUUCACCUCCACCACCAUCCCAAAGAUGCUGCUUAAUAUCCAGACACAGAGAAAAGUCAUUACCUAUGCAGGAUGCAUCACACAGAUAUACUUUUUUAUGCUUUUUGCAGAUUUGGAUGACUUUCUCCUGACUGUGAUGGCCUAUGACCGGUUUGUUGCCAUCUGUCACCCCCUGCACUAUACGGUCAUCAUGAACCGCCGGCUCUGUGGCUUCCUGCUUAUGGCAUCCUGGAUUAUAACUGCCCUGCAGUCAUUGACACAGAGCUUAAUGGUUUUACGACUGUCUUUUCAUGCAGAGUUGGAGAUCCCUCACUUUUUCUGUGAACUUAAUCAGCUGGUCCAACUUGCCUGUUCUGACACCUUCCUCAAUAAUGCAGUGAUGUAUUUUGCAACCGUAAUUAUAGGUGUUAUUCCUCUUACUGUUAUCCUCUUCUCUUACUCUAAGAUAGUAUCCUCCAUUUUGAGAAUUUCAUCAGCUGGGGGCAAGUAUAAAGCAUUUUUCACUUGUGGGUCUCACUUCUUGGUUGUCUCCUUGUUCUAUGGGACAGGCCUUGGUGUGUAUCUUAGUUCCACUGCUAUACAAAACUCCAGGGAAAGUGCCAUAGCCUCAGUGAUGUACACCGUGGUCACACCCAUGCUGAACCCCUUCAUCUACAGUCUUAAAAACAAGGACAUAAAGCAAGCCCUCAAAAAGCUUUUCAGCUGA